CGAGAAGUUUUACGUGGAAGUGAAAACGUAAACAACGCGACGAGACAGCUUUCAAGUUGACCAUUAAUUGUUCGCGGAAAUGUCUGACUGGGAUUGGAAUUCUCGAAAAGCUGGUGGACAAGGUGGUGGCAAGAUGAGUACAGAAGACAUGCUAGAGGGCGAGAAUGACCGGAUGACCCUUGGUCUAGCGGCCAAGGUCUCCACAUUAAAAUCUAUUGCUAAGGAUAUGGAGAAUGAGGCAAACGACCAAAAUGUGUAUUUAGAUGGAAUGCACGAUGAUUUCUCCAGCUCUGAAGGCCUCCUCAGUGGCACGGUCAAGCGACUGGACGGUAUGUUCUCCUCGGGCCGCGGCAAUCGCAAACUCAUGUGCUACAUGAUCCUUGGACUCGUUAUAUUCUUUGUAUUUGCAUAUCUAUUGUUAUCAAGAGUAACGGGUCACUGACAACUGCUUUACAUGGAUUGUGUAGUGGACACUGGAAAAAAAGACAAUCGUUGCACGUUGGUGGUCAAUUUGGGUUGGAUGCCGAUGAGGCGUGAAUUUAACACAGGCUCACCAUCAAGUGACAAAGUUACUCAGAUUUAGUGCUAAUUGCAGCUACUGCCAGCUAGCAUUCUUCAGUGUCUUCGAUCAGCCUCUGUUCCCUCACUCAAUGAUAACAUACACGAUUCACUGUCUUUAGAAGGCUCUUUAAAGCCCACUGUACUACUUAUAGCUACUUGCGCCCUCUAUAUAGCAAACAAUGCCCAGUCGGUGACCAUUGGUCCCCCAUGAUCCCCUUUUUCUUAAGUUAAUUGAGAGCUGAUUUGAUGGGAUAACCACCUGUCAGUGACAUUGCAGGGAGGUCUACUCCCCCUGGCCAAACCAGUACAGACGGGCUUUAAUAGAUGCUCCUCAGCCUUCAUCUCUUACAUUCUCCCUGAUAAGGGACCCACCUCGUAGCUGUUUUUUAGUGGCGUUUAUCUGGAAGUCCAGCUAGCAUGAUGUAUAAGAUGUAAGGCUGUAACUCUCAUCAGUGAGACUUGACCAUCAUGAAUUGAUGGCCUGUGAAUGGAUGCUGAUGCACUGACCAUUCAGACGAGACUGUGAUCAAAGCUUCAGAGGUUUUCGGCCCACUCUGGACGAAGGAUGUCCCAGCUCAAAUGUACAUAUUUAACUCAAAUGCCCUGUUGGAAGUGAAAAAUGAAAUACAGUGUAGAUAAAUUAUGUAUGUUAACAGAAAGCUUAUAAAAUAUAAGCCAUAGAUGGCAAUGAUAUUAAUUGUAUGCUAUUUAAGGGUCUGUCAGAGUUCUAAGUCUUCUUCUUCAAGGUUCAAGCUCUAUGAGCUUUAAAAGCUUCUAGAAGAAAUUCUCUUCUCUCUCUCUGUCUCUCUCUCUCUCUCUCUGUCUCUCUCUCUUUCUCCCUCUUCCUGUCCACUCCUUUUGUUUGGUUUUCUUCUUUAUCUUUUAUUCCUCCCCCUCUCUCACCUUUUCUCAGACUUGCAAUUAUAAGUUUGUUCAACUAUGAGCAGGCGCGGAUCCAGGAUUUUGUAAAAGAGGGGUCCAACAAAAAAAGGUAUUCACCUUCAUAAAAAGGGUGCAUAUAAUUAUUGGGACUUGUGCAUGUACUUUCGCAGAAAGAGUGUGUAGAAUCUAUAGAUCUCUAUAUUAUCUUACAUUUAUACUUCAUUUGCAUGAACCAAUUACUUUGACAUGGCUAUUAUCUGUAUUUUGUCAAGCUUUGCUGUAUUAAAGGCAUCGUUUAACAAUGUUAAAUCUGAGAUGCACGGUUCUACAUGUUA